UGUUUUUUUUAUGAAUGAAAGAAUCCCAUCUCCGAGAGCAGCGAAGUCAUUCCGGGAAAAGGCGCACUGACAUUUUGUCGCCACGGUUCACGACAGCGGGUACAUUUCCACAUUUUAGAAGAUAUCAGACACCGAAAGGUGUAUAUGGUUCGAUAACUGAACACUGGGGGAAUAUUAUCCACCAAAUAAGCCAAGGACAAUGCAUGACUGGCGGUCUUGUGAGUGGACGAUAAAUGUCAGACCAGAGAUGAACCAAAACAGCAUGACUGAGUGUCUGAAUCUAUAUUGACUGGUGCUUGGGGGGGGGAACCCGACGAGAGUGGCAUCAUGACAGAGAGAAGCAGCAAAGCCCUGAAGGUGAAGCAGGAAUGCGGUGAGAAUGUGCCCUUCCUGUCAGACAGCGAGCUCAUGUCACUCUCUGUGCGGGAGCUCAACCUCCACCUGCGGGGCAUGUCGCGCGAGGAGAUCCAGAAGCUGAAGCAGCGCCGGCGCACCCUGAAGAACCGGGGCUACGCGGCCAGCUGCCGGGUGAAGCGAGUUUCCCAGCGCGAGGCCCUGGAGCAGCAGAAGAUGGAGCUCCAGAGGGAGGUGGAACGACUGGGGGCAGAGAACGCUGGCAUGAGGAAGGAGCUGGAGGGGCUGGGCGCACGCUUGGCGGCGCUUCAGAGGUUCGCCAGAGGCCUGGAGGCUGGUGGCGGGAACCUUCUGGCCACGGCACCGCGCCUCAACACCGCCUCUGUCAUCACCAUCGUGAAGAGUCCACCACAACCUCAACCACAGAGGGAACAGGACCCUUCCUAGGUUCUGUAAACUGACUGGUGGGGUGGUGGGGGGGUUUUGUCAGUAAAAACAUACACACUUCACACGCUCUCACACACACACACACACACAAUGGAAAAACAGGAACAACAUGGGUAGGAAAAUACUCAACUUCAGCGCUACGCCUCGUUCGCCCACACACAGGAGUCACUAGUUCCUUUUGAGCGCACAUGUGACAUCACUUUGGACCAGCCAAACUUCUUCCCAAACUCCGUGUAAGUACGCUCUACUUAAUAUUAUCCAACAUUCACUUGUUUAGUUCACGUUUACAAUGAAGUCACUUGAGCGAGGCACCGAGCACUGAUGUACAGUCCUGUGGAAAAGUCUUACUAGACCACUAUUAGCUCUGUUGUUUAUGACCUCUUUCAUAAUAAAUACAAAAAUACAUGUUUUUGAGACUGUACUCCUUCGGUAUGGGUCGUCAUCCCCCCCAUGAACGAGGAAGCAGCCAGCUAACCGGCUAACAAAAUCUUAUCUAAUGUAUAUGGUCAUUAAAACAACAAAUCUAAUGGUUGAUUGCAUAGUAUUGUACAUUUAUUAAUUUAUCGCCACACACAUACGCAACCCGCACGGGCUUAAACUGUAACUGAAGCGACUGCACACCCCCCGAUAGUGCAAGUAAUACACCUGUGUCACCGGUGCUUUUUUAUGCAGCCAAAAGGGCAGAGCUUCGUCCACUUCUGCUUUUGGUAACGCGACCAAAACUGUGCAGUAUCUCAACUUCUGCAUUCCGUGUUACUUCAAUAUCGGCUUAUUCGCAGUGUCAGUGGCAUAACAGGGUCGUUAUGGAGGCCUAUAUAUAUCCCAUAAAAGAUCACAUGACUCGUUUCCUCAAAGCAGAGCAUAUUGGAAAUUUUGGGGGGGAGGGUGGGAUUUAGGUGACUUUUACAGUAAAGAAAAGCUAUCAAAAGUUUGACCCAUCAGUGGAUGGGUGAUGUUCAGGGUUUGUACCACUGGUUGCACACCAACACAGUGCCUUCAGUACUUCUAGGAGGUAUCCAACAACGCCUGCUGACCGUCCACCAUCACACCUUGUUUGUUCAUCCAAAAUAGCACACGUGUCACGUCCACCUACAGUUCCUACUGUGCAGUAACUUUUGCUCCACACGGUGUGGCUUCCUCGUAUACGUUCGACUCCCCAACAUGCGUUGGUCAUUUUUUUGUUGUUGUUGUUGUUGUUAAAAACGCGGCCAAUCCUCUACACACAUUCCUAUCUAUGUGUUCUUAUUUGUAAUGUUUGUACGUGCCGUCGAGACGCAAAUGUUGAGUGACAUUUAUCAGAGAUAUAUUCUAUAUUUUAUUUGUAUUUAAAGGUAGAUAUUUUGACAAGCUAACGAGUGCUGUGAUGUUAUCUAUGUUUUCAGUACUUCCAUAGUCAGGGCAAAUGGGGGCGGGGGCGGGGAGGGGGGUGUUAUUCAUGUGUCUAAUUCUUGUAAUGUGUGACAACAAUUUCUACUUCACAAAAUGUUGAAUUAUUAGUUAUGUAGAAAAAUGCUCAAAGCCGACGGCCAUAUUGCUGUGAUGAUUUGUGCACGUGUGUUUUUGCCAUGUUUGUACUGGCUUGCCAUAGUGGAUUCUUGGAGGGAUAUUAUUUUUCUAUGAUUGUUUUUUUGUUAUUUGUGUGGAAAAAUGAGGAAGGCUGAAGAGAACCUUA